AUGAUUCGCUUAAUGAGCUUUUUCAUUUUUUUAACACUCGUAAUUUAUGAGUCCGGUUCAGUUGCAGUGUUAUCGGAAAAAAAUACUCUGGAGCCGAUUAAACCAUCGCCAGUUGACGAGACUUCAAACGAUGAAUCUCCGGAAAAGUUUGUUUUACCUCUAGCGGAAGGAUCCAGUGAUAGCAAAGUAAACAAACGUGAUAAAGCUUCAAAAGAUGAUAAAUUUAUAGAUGAUGAUAGAAAGGAUAAGAGGAAUCAUGGAAGAUUUAGUGAGAGAGAAAAGUCCCCUCUCCUCAAUUGUUGUGGGAGCAGAAUCGAGACUCUCGGGCGACCUGAGUCGACAUUACAGCCGACAACUAGAGCGUCGGAUAUUAAUCGCUAUCCAGAUCGAUAUGGAAAUCGACCGGAUGAUAGAUACAAUAACUGGCAGUCUGUCAGACCGAGAUACGGCGACAGUGGUUCUUUCGCAAGUCAAGGAUUCGACUUAAGUCAUCGUCCAGGUGGGAUUUUCUUUACAGGUAGCAACAGACAUCCAGGUUAUGGAAUCCAUGGAGUUUUAGAAGGACAAGAUGAAUUUCCCGCUGAAGGGGGUGCAAUGAAACCCAAUAUUCAAACUCAAAAGGCUGUAGCUUUGAAAGCGCUGGCAGGAGUCGCGUUAAUUGGCGCGGCAGCAGCACUGGCUGCGAAUCCAGCUCUCAUUCCUGUUGGAGUUCUCGCUGCGGGACGAAAAAAGCGCUCCGUAGAACCUGACCAAUCGUUCAAUCUUUUACAAUUUCCCGAGCAAUUUAUUCGAGACCAUAUACCCGGAGUGUAUGAAGACGACGAAGCAGCUAAGAGAUUCUGGGAGUCACCGCAGUGUGUUGCUCGACUUACCUGCGAAGUUCAGAAAGAAUAUCUGAAGGCGAUUUCGAAGAAUCCGAAUCUACGCAAGGAUGUUCAACAUCGGCUAAAGGAAUUGUCAAAUUGACAGUCAGAUUCUCAGUGUCGAUUAUGUUAACCAAAGUAUGAAGAUACUGACCAAAAUAGCACGCAAUGCAACUCCCACAAACGGAAAAUGUGAGAUAUUUGCUUGUAAUUUCUUUACAUAAAAUGUCUUAUUGA